AACCACACGUUUCUAAGUUUCUUUAUCUGAUGACGGAAAUCGUUACAACCUCCGUGAUAACGUCGCCUCUGAUUCCUCCGUCGCCCUAACCCCUCUUUCUCUUUAUAUCUCUUAUGGCCACUCAAGACUACCGUCUCCUCGACUCUCCCUCUCACCAACCCCACGCGCAGCCCCACCUCCACGAUUCCCCGCGCCACCACUUUCCUUCCUCCUGCAGUCCCCCACUCUCCCCCCCCCAGACUCCGACGCCGAUGACUCCUCCAGUCUCACCAAAUCUAGCUCCGCCGUGGACACCCCCAAGUCUAAGCGAUCCUCCGUCACCGGAAGCUACUACUAUUGCAACAAGAAGCUAAAGUCCUCCGCCGUAGCCGGAGACGAUCCCGAUCCGGCGAACGACGCGGCGUUCGGAGGCGGCGAAUACCGGAAGGACCGGGAGGAGUGGAGCGACAUCGCGAUUGUGUGUCUCCUAGACGCUUACACGGGGAAGUUCAACCAGCUGAACCGCGGGAACCUCCGUGGCCGCGACUGAUGAUGAAAAGUUUUUAUGUUGUCCUGUGUCCACUAGAUCCACGCCCGAGGCAAUAGAACAACCCAGUUCAUGGAUCAUCGUUGCAGUUCUCCUCAGAUCUGUUGUGCUAUCCUCGAUUGUUUGCUGUGAUGAUGAUUACUAUGGAUCUUCACCGAUUUUGAUUUCUUUGAUUAAUAAGGUACAGUUGUUCCCAUGGCUGGCCGUAGAAGAUCGUCUAACGCUGAAAAUGAGAGACGACAGAAGCUAUGACAAGACCAUCCGUCUUCGUCAAGGCCACAAGAGGAAGAGCCCGCUCCUGUCGACCUCCAAUUCGGAUACUUUUUCGAGAAUGACCCCGUGGUUCAUGAAUCAUUUGUCCGUGACUUUGUUAACUGACCUAUAUGUGGGGCCAAAUCACUUGAUACAACCUUUUUUGAACAAGAAGGUUUUAACAUUGUGAGGUGGUUGGAGGAAUCAUAUCUUAGGACCUUGGCUGAACUAUCGUGUUCAUAUUCUGAGCUGCAUGUACGGGCCUUCUACCAUAACCUCAGCUACGUACAGGGUGAGACGAGGUCUAGGGUCUGUGGGGUGGAGAUCAUUAUGACGGCUCUGGUAUGGUUGGAGUUACUGGGGUAUGACUUUGAUUCUGCGCAGACUGCGGAAUAUGACGCAGACAACGGGACCAUACUUCCAGGAUAUACAUGAGGUGAUGCCGUGCAGGAGCAGAGAAGAGUCCGUGGGCAACACAUUGCCUAUACGGUGGGGUUGCUUACUGUGGAGUCCCGUAUACUACACUAUGUCAUCACCCACAUUCUGUUUCCGUGAGCGUUCAAUCAUUCCAGGGUGUUGGAGCAUGACAUUCCCAUCAUGUGGGCUAUCCGACAUGGUACUUCGGUGAACUGGAGGCACUACAUCUGUUGGAUGAUGUAUAAGGCCAAACACAAGGGUGCACUUCCAUUUGCUUGUCUUGUUCAGAGGAUAUUGGAGCAUUUUGAUGUUCCCAUGGGUAAUGUGACCUUGAAGAAGACCACAGGGUAUAAUCAUAAGUUUGAAAAACGUCUACUGGAGCAGUGCAAGAUGACAAAGAACCCCCAAACAGGAGUGUGGCAGUUCACAGGUGCGGCUGAUGUUGAGGUUCCUGAUGUUGCUCCACUUGUAAACAUGGUUGAGCCCGAGGUGGAGGAUGAUGAUGACGAUGAUGAUGAGGGUGACCAGCAGGAGAUAGCUGAGCCUGAGGGUGAGUUUUCAUUGCGUGAUGUCAUGAAGGGCAUAAACGCCACGCUGAAGAAAAUAGGAAAAAUGGCGCUGAAACACAAAAAAUGGAGGAAGAGUCACAUGCAGAAAGGGAAUGAAAGAUUUAGACAUAUACAAGGACGGUUCAAGGGUGUUGAAGAUAGGUUUGCUCGUCUAGAGCUUGGACGAGGAAAACAGCAGGUUGAGGAUGUUGCAGGACAGGGGAUUGAUGUGUCAGACGAGGAUGACGAGGAGACGGCGUCCGAGGAGGAGGAGGAUUAGAUUUAGGGUUUAUGUUUUUUACUUUACGUUUGUAGUGUGUGUUGUUAUGUAAUUGACUUCGGUCUUCAUAUUUGACAUUUGUAGUUUAUGUGAUAUUAUGUUUAUGAGUUGAACUAUUUAAUGUUCACAUCAUGUUGUGAACCGUUUACGUAAUUAUGUCAUUUUUCUUGUUUACCAAA